AGACAGCGUCAUACAAAACAUAUGGUUUAAGUUAGUUAUCUAUUCUUCAAACUUGCAGAUUUAUUUGUCAUGCAAAUAGUGAUCCUUGACCGCAGUCUUUCACUCAGAAUAAAGAGGCAGUGGAUCAUAUUACGAGACACUCUCAUUGAUGAUACAUAUAGAAUUAAGCAUUGAUCCAAAUUUAGCCAAAGCUUCACCAUGCCAACUUUCUGAUUAGCCGUACCAAAAAAUGUCAGAAACUAAUGUUAAGCCCUUCAACUUGUUUUCAAAUAAAAUUCACCAAACAGAAAUUCAGUCAUCAAAAGUUGAUUUCACAUUUAAGUAAGUACGCAAGUGGACAAAAACAAGAGCGUAGAUUAUAAAUUGAAGUUAGAACACUAUUAAAUGAUCAACAAGCCCAAAUUUGCACAAUUUGCAUUAUUCAUAGAUAAAUACAUCAUGAUGGUACAGUUAUUUUGGUCUACAACCUGUAGGAGGACUCCCCUGACCCACAAUGCACCUCGAGGAUAAUGUUUUGGUGACGUCAUGUGUGGCUGGAAGGGAAGAGACAGCCAGUGGGUGGGCUGGGUUGUGAUCCUGUUUUCGGCUUCUUUCAUCACAAAUAACGCCAAUACGAUCCAAUAGGGAUAGACAGACAUCCCAUAAUGAGUUAGAGGCUGUAUUUCGCAUGUGCCAGUGCACUGAAUCAUGGGUCGCUGCAGUGUCCACGUCCUGCUCCUGCUCCUCCUGCAGGCCCUGCAGGCAUCAGCUGAGGGCUCAGAUGGGAAGUUGGAGUGUCUGUGUGAAACCCCUCAAUCCCUCCGGGCCACGAAGUGCCACGGUACUCGCUGCUUUUCCUCGGUCAAAGUCAGCAGCAGUGGCGUGGUGUUUGAGCAUGGCUGCCUAGAGGGGCUGGACAAAAUCCGCUUGCAUUGCUCCACAGCUCCGUCUUUCCACCAGGCCAUUUUCUGCUGCUCCCAAGAAAUGUGCAACGGCAACACCACCAGGAGUUCACUGAUGUCUCUGCUUCCAACAGCACCAGAAGGUGAGCCGGUUCGGUACCGUGUGGAGACCUUGGCUCUUUUUGUUCUCGGCCCGGUGGUGGUUCUGGCUCUGCUGUCUGCAGUAUCAGUCUUGGCCUGCAGGAGGCUCCAUCACGGCCGUCUGCAGAGGCUGCAGGAGUUUGACACUGAACAGGGAGCCAUAGACGGCCUCAUCACCUCCAAUGUGGGAGACAGCACUUUAGCGGAACUGUUGGACCACUCGUGUACAUCAGGCAGUGGUUCAGGUCUCCCCUUCCUCGUCCAGAGAACCGUGGCCAGGCAGAUCAGCCUGAUGGAGUGUGUAGGCAAAGGGAGGUAUGGAGAGGUGUGGCGGGGCCAGUGGCAGGGCGAGAAUGUAGCUGUGAAAAUCUUCUCCUCAAGAGAUGAGAAGUCCUGGUUCAGAGAGACGGAGAUCUACAAUACUGUGCUGCUAAGACAUGAAAACAUACUGGGCUUCAUGGCGUCCGACAUGACUUCUCGCAACUCCAGCACCCAGCUGUGGCUCAUCACCCAUUACCACGAGAACGGGUCACUUUACGACUACCUGCAGAGAGUGGCCGUGGAGCCGUCGGAGAGCUUGGCGAUGGCGGCGUCGAUAGCUUGCGGCCUGGUGCACUUGCACACGGAGAUCUUUGGCACAGAGGGGAAACCGGCCAUCGCUCACCGGGACCUGAAGAGCAAAAACAUCCUGGUCACAAAGGAGCUGCGCUGCUGCAUCGCAGACCUGGGGCUGGCUGUGACCCACUCCCAGGCAGACAACCUGCUGGAUGUGGGCAACAAUCCGAAGGUUGGCACCAAGCGCUACAUGGCACCUGAAGUGCUGGACGAGAGCAUUCAGACAGACUGCUUUGAUGCCUAUAAGAGAGUGGACAUCUGGGCCUUUGGGUUGGUGCUGUGGGAGAUAGCCAGACGCACAUACAGCAAUGGUAUUGUUGAGGAGUACAAGCCUCCGUUCUACGAUCAGGUGCCGAAUGACCCCAGCUUCGAGGACAUGAGGAAGGUGGUGUGUGUGGAGCAGCAGAGGCCUUUCAUUCCUAAUCGUUGGUUCUCUGACCCUACUCUCUCUGCUCUCGUGAAACUGAUGAAGGAGUGUUGGUACCAGAACCCGUCUGCAAGGCUAACGGCACUGCGCAUCAAGAAAACCCUGGACAAGAUCCACAGCUCUCUGGAGAAGGGCAAGGAGUCGUGAGGGGGGGUGGGGAGCCUCGGGUGAAGCUUCCUGAUGUCAGGGAUCGGCUUAGAGAAGCGUCCGGUGUUUGUGAAAUGGACGAAAGGACGAUAAUGGGAAAGGACAGACGACCAGAGGAAGGACUUGUUCAAAUGUCAUCCAGCCUCAUCAUUCACUUGCUCUCUCACUUUCUCUGUGGUUGCCUUCCACUGACAUCCCUCUCUUACUUGAAGCCCACAAACGUUUGGACUAGUCCUGUCUGAAUACAGCCAGCCUUUGUGACGGGACACAAAGCAGGUGCCAUUGUGCACACUAACCUGAACUGUAGACUGUUACAGGAUGGCAUAUUGUAGUACUCCAUCCCAAUGCUUUAACGCCCAUGCAACACUGCUCACACACACACACUUACUUACGGAGUGUCUCUUAUAAUUCAAUUUCUGAUCCCCAGUCAGUGUUUUUUGGCCUGUGGUUGUGGCGUUCUGCUUUAAUAGAACAUGACAAGUAUCUCUACAAACCACACAUAUGUUCACUUACAAAAGGAGCACAGCCAAUAGAAUCAAAUGAUUUCAACUUUUAAAAAAAUGUUAUUUAUUAACUGCUACCAAACUGCUGUGGAUAAUGUAACACUGAUGGUGCGUGAAAAGGAUUGUAUACACAGGCAUUAACUCUACUGGACUGUCUGCACCCAUAUUGUCAUUAUUGGAGCUGGUGAAAAAUAAUUUCGUGAGAAAUGAAAGCAAAGGGUAGGAAGUGAUUCCUGCUGAGCUUGUUUGUAGGAUGGGGGGAAAAAAUGGAUAAAACACUAGAGAUACACAAUGAUCUUGGUGGCUCUGGAGUAGACGCACACCAAGUACCUGCCGAUAGGAAUGAGUCUGUAUCUUAUAACAGGAAUAUGAUACCCUCUGCCUGGCACACCUCGUAAACUCACUGUGGCUCUUCUGUGCAAGCGGAGAGGAAGCAAGGAAGACUUGUUUGUGAUAGAGCUGACAUUAAGAUAUCGAGAGGUAGAAGAGGUGAAGGUGGGCUUCCAUUGACUACUCGUCUCCCAUCAUGUCACAUUGUACAAGUUGCCUGAAUAACAAGGGAAACACUCAAUCUUCAUUUGGAGUUUUAUUGUUUUGUUCAAGAUUCAUUUUUACCAGACAAAGUUGCCUCGGUGUGCGGUCACAAAUUAAUUUGUUCUUAAAUGCUGGGUUUGUUUUGAAAAAAAAUGCUGCUUUGUCUUUUUUUUAUAUAUGUAAUAAAACAGUUACUGCUCUUUUG